AUGUCCCUCGUACUGCGACCCAUCACACCAACCCGCAGCGGCCCACGCUGUGGCGACGGGCGCAGCGACAUCCUCCUCUCCGCGGGCGAGCUCGUGCUUGGGAGAAAGGCCGCCGUGCCUGUCCCGGGAGUAGAGACCGUGACCGAGGACCCUCGUGUGUCGCGGCAGCACUGUCGCCUGCGAGUGGCGGAGGACACGGCCACCGUCGCCGCCAUCGGCGACGCAGUAAUUGUGCACUGGCGUGCCGGCAAAUCGACACCGCUCCGUGGCGUGGCCACGCAAGAUCUGCAGCCCGGUGAUGAGAUACUGCUCGUGGAGCCGGACCGGAAAGCCUGGGGUGCGUCGGCGCGCUUCGAAGGGCAGUCGUGCGCCUACUCGGUCGCCACGACCACACCACUGCGCCUCGUUCCGCUCGAUCCUGCUGCUGCACCGUGGGCGUGCGGCUGGCGGAACGGUGUUUUGGACGUUGCACUCGAGGAGGACGGCAAAGAGGUGGUGCUUGGGCGAUCGACGGCAGCCGGAACGAGCUGCGGGCCUCACCACCCACUCGCCGACCCACGCAUCUCGCGCGAUCACGUGGUGCUGCAGCAGCGGCCCGGGCAGCUCGCGACGUGCCGCUGCCUCAGCGCAAACGGAGCUUCCUCCUCUCCGUUGGCGUCGUGCCAACUUCCGCUCGGCGCAGUGCUGCAGCUUGUGUAUGAGCCGCACACCCCGGCGACCGGGCCGUCUGCCCCGUUUGAGGGCAACUGCUGCGCGUACGUCGUCUCGCAAGAGAGGCCGUGCUUGCUCAGCCCGCGCUGGCCCUGGCAGCUGCCAGACCCGCGCCGUCCGGGCGACGGGGGCGACCGGAUCGACAACAAGGGUGCGGAGGGUGCGGAGAGUGCGGAGAGUGCGGGGGGUGCGGGGAGUGCGGAGGGCGGGCGCGGCUCAGACCGCAGGCGGCAGCUGCUCCGACGCGGCGAGGAAGAGGCGCUGGCCGCGGGCGACAUCGUCGAGCUCUGCCCUAAACUGCCGGGCGCGCUUGCGCCGGUCCUCCAGCUCUGCGGCUGCACGUGCGCGUACCGCGAGGCGGAUGCGUCGGAGGAGGUGGAGAUGGGCGAGGCGGAGGAGAAAGAUGGAGCCGAGACGGUGGAGGCUGGCACCGAUGAAGAUUCCGCCGAGCCCGCGAUGCCGCCGCCCGAGCCGCCGAGGGGCGAGCGGAGAGAGGAGCGCGCCAUGGACGAGGACCAACCGAACGCCGAGACCGAGCCGCCGGAGGCCGGCGCCACGGAGGCCGACGCUGCGGACGGACGCGCCAUGGACGAGGAGCCGAGGGAGCGCGGCCGAAGCGGCUGCGGAGACCGCCGCCGGAGCGGGCGGGCGGUGCCGCAGGAGAUCGGCGAGGGCAGCCGCGUCGCCGCAGUGUUCAAGGUGGGCGUGGGAGGGCGCGACAAGACCAUCUGCGGCGAGGUGCUCCGGGUGCACGCCGGCAGCAGCCUCUGCGAUGUCAAGUUCGCGGACGGCGAGGUGUGGUACAACUUCAGCAAGCACAAGCUCAAGGCCGCGGCUGGCGCGGGCGAGCCGGACGCGGCUGACGCCAACCCCGAGCGACAUCCAGAGCCACGCGGCCGCAGCGGCGCGGCUGGCGCGGGGAAGCGGCGCCGGCAGUGUGCGGAGGACGAGUCGCGUCGAAAGACGCUCGAGGCACUGCCGCGCACGCGGCCCCGCCCGACUGGCCCGCCGCCGGCGAUCGAGGCGGCGAUGGGCGGAGAGGCGAUGCCGCGCGUGCGGGUGCGUCCUCCGAGGGCCCCUGCCGAGCCGGCGCCGCCUGCCGAGCUGGCAGUGCCGGCGGCCGAGACUAUGCCGCCGGCGGAGCCGGAGGCGCUUGCCGAGCCGCCCCUCGCCGCGCCGCCACCUCCUCCGCCUGCGCCUCCGCCCGCGCAUGCGCCCGAGCCGGCGGCGGAAAAGCUUCCGCCGGGGUGGAGCAAGAUCUACGACUUUGGAAAGGUCAAGGGCUACCGCGGACCGGCCGGCGAGCGCGCGGGCACGAAGAAGGAGGCUUGCGGCAAGUGGCGCUGCCUGCCCGCCGGCUUCUCUGCCGACGACUUCGUGCGGGACAACUGUGAGGCGCCCGAGGAGAGCGAGGCGGAGGCGGCCGAGCGGGAGCGCGAGGAGAGGGAGCUGCGCGAGCGCGCGCAGGCCUUCGCCGAGAUGGACGAGGAGGAGUUUGCGGCGAAAGCGGGCGCCACGGCCCUCGUGCCAUGGAGCGACGGCGGCGAGGCGGCCGCAGCGCAUGCCACGGCGCCGCCGGCGCCGCAGGACGGCCCUAGCGGCUCGUGGGAGGAGCGCGACGAUUUUGUGAGGCCGGGGCACCCGGGCUUCCGGAAGUUCGUCCGGCAACGGAUGGCGGAGAGUGGAGUUCCGGCCAACCGCAGCGUCCUGCCGCCCGGCGAGCUUCGCCCUGCCGCGUGGCUCGCCGGCCGCCCGAUCCGGCUGCAGCCCUACCAGGAGACGGUCUCCUUCGUCGCGCGGCCAGAGUCCUUCUCCAGCCCGCGCAUGCUGGUCGUGCACCGCACUGGCGCGGGGAAGACGGCGACCAUGAUUCGCGUGGCCGACAACUACUAUCGAGACCGGCGGCCCAAGGUCGUCAUCUUCCCGACCAACGCCGUCUGCCGCAACUUUUAUACCGAGCUGCGCAACGCCCACUUCCCAAACCGGUAUGCCUCGUACCUCGACAUGCUGCACAGCGAGGGCGGCCCGACCAGCGGCGACCGGGACAAAAAAGACCUCGCGCUUCACGGGCUGCUCAAGCACGGUCGCAUCCCCGAUGGCUUCCUCGCGAGCCCCAGCCUGCCGGCCGCCCCGCUGCGGGCCUUCACCUUUACCCAGGCGGGCGGCGCGACGAGCACGGGCGACAACAUCAACGCCGUCUUCAAGUGUCCCGACGGGUACGCGGGCGGCUACCCCCGGCGCCUGCCUCGCAACGGCGGCUACUCCGACUACACAAACCUGCACAACCCGAUGAGCAACAAGGUCAUCCUGCUCGACGAGGUGCACAAUUUGAUCCGGCCGAGCGCAGAGAUCCUUCGCAACCCGCGGCGGCUCGAGAUGCUCAAGCGGUUGCGCGUGCUCCUCGCGACGGCCGAGAACUCCGUGAUCCUCGGCUUCACCGGCACGCCCCUCUGCGACAGCGACACCGACUUCCAGAAGCUGCUCGGCAUCUUCAAGGGAUGGGCUGACUCGCGGGGCACCGUCAAGGACCUGUCUCACGAGGGGUUCUUCUCUUUCUACAUGGACACGCCGCUCUCCGUCUUCCCGGCGGUCCGGCCGGCUGGCGUCCUCACGGAGGUGCCCGACGCGAUGGUGCGGCGGUGCACGCUGCGCAACUUUGCGAGCGAGGCCGGGGCGGGCUUCCUCUUCGGCCGUGGCGGCCGCGCGGCCUAUCAGGAGCAGGUCGCCCGCGAGCGAGAGCGGCGCCAGAGCGUACCGCUCGACCGCCUCCCGCCCGACUCUCUGCACCGGCUUUCGCUCUACUGCUCCGUGCCGCAAGCCGGCGGCUACCCGGGGCGCAGCGACGUCGCGGCUACCCUGCUCGGACAAAGCGGCAAGCUGCUGCGCACGUUUUUUGCAAAGGUGCCGCAGACGCCGCUCGGCUAUGCGCAGCAGCGGCGGCGCCUGAUUGGCUACAGCGCAAAGCUGGCGCGGGUGGCGGACGACGUGUGCGCUCUGCAGGCGCCGGGCGGCGACUUGCCCAAGGUCUUAAUAAUGAUACACCGCUCAGCGGGCUACAAGGCGCUGCUGCGCCACUUGGGUGCGAGGCUGCCCAAAGGGUCGGUGCGGGGCUUCCCUUGGGCGAAGGGCGCAGAGGUCGCCGACGAGGAGCUCCACUCGCUGCUCGGCGACAAGCACGACGGCACCAGCGGCUGCGGCUGCUCGCUCUGCGCCUUCAACACGCCGCUCGGCGGUUGCGUGCGCGUGAUGGUGGCCGACGCGAAGGAGUGCGGCGAGGGCGUCUCCUUUCUGGGCGUGCGCAAGCUGCUGCUCACCGACCUCCCCGCCGACCCGCUCACCUUCAUCCAGCGCGUCGGCCGUUCGGUCCGCUUCAACGGCCACGCAUCGCUGCCGCCUGAGGAGCGCACUGUCGACGUGCUCAUGUACGCCGGCGUGCUCAAGAAAGAGUACUCGCAUCGGGGGACGGAGCCGUCAGCGGACGAGCUGUUGCUGGCGCGCUUGCGCAGCGAGCUGCGCCAGUACUAUGUCGAUCUCGGCCGGCUGAAGGGCAUUGCCUUCGACGAGGGGUGCUGGCAGGAGGAGCCAGAGGACACGCCCCGCCCUGGCCCGAGUGGCCCGAUCGGCAGCUCGGACGCGGACAAGUACGUCCGGCAAAUAAUCCUGGCUGCCGACGAUGCGUCGCACGCCUCCGAGCGCGCGAGGCUGGCCGCGAUGCUGGACAUCGCGCCGAACAGGGACGCGAGGGCCUUCCGCAUGUCCUACUUUGUCAUCAUCAAGGCCAUCCACCCGGACAAGUGCAGGGAGGCCACCUACCUGUCGUGGUACGAGCUGGCCACCAAGCUCCUCAACGGCCUCUAUGACACCGUCAAGGCACGGCUUUGA